CCCCACUUUUUUUUCUCUUUCUUCUCUUUUUCAAGCGGUAGUGCAGAUAACUCAGAUCGAUGAUAAUGUUGCCAGAUAAGUCCCUCGGUGAUAUAGGAUGAUCACUUAUUUGUUCGGCCAUUCGGCGUCAGCCGAUCGACCCGAUUCUUCAAAAUGUCGCGCCGAUUCCCACGGUCUUCUUGCGCGACUUUCGUGUGAUACGACUGAGGGAAAAAAUAAAGGACCCUCGAGAUAUCAAAAUCGGAUCCUGGGGGACAUCCUUUGGUAUUUUGAAAUCGAAAAGAAAAAUCGAAAAGGGGAUUUGGGGGUUCAAAAUCGAUUAUGGAGGGCACUGGGAUGCUGAAUGGAAACGCCGUGCGACAGGAGGGGAGGAAACUCUGGCAAUAUCUUUCGGCAUGUUCAGCUUGCUUGCUGGCCGUGGGUGCAGGAACAGCCCUGGCAUGGACAUCGCCGGUAUUGUUGAAACUGAAGGAGAAGGACUCCUGGUUGCCGAUAACGGAGGAGCAAGGAUCCUGGAUAGGAUCCUUCCUGGCGAUCGGGGCGAUGUUGGGGGCUCUUCCUGCGGGAUCUGCAGCUGACAAAUUGGGGAGAAAGGUGGCCCUGCUUCUUCUAUCCGUCCCUUAUCUCGUAUCUUGGACGAUCAUCGCCCUGGCCGGCAGCGUUUGGGUCCUCUGCCUCGCCAGGUUCAUCGUCGGCGUCGGCGUCGGGGCCACCUGCGUCCUGGUGCCCUCCUACGUCGCCGAAAUCGCCGAGCCUUCCGCUAGAGGAACCCUUGGGGCGAUGUUCCAAUUAUUAAUCUCCAUAGGUAUUGUCCUGACAUUCGUCACGGGGUAUGUCCUUUCCUACACCGGGUUGGCCAUCGUCUGCGGGGUCGUCGAGGUCCUCUUCUUGGCGACCUUCUCCUGGAUGCCGGAGUCGCCGGUCUGGCUCGUGGGCCAAGGCCGGAAACUGGAUGCAGCGGAAGCUCUGAAGGUCCUUCGAGGAGGAGCUUUCGAUGCUGCUGGUGAACUUGCCGGGAUCCAAAAGGACGUCGAUGAGCAGUCGAAACGCAGAUCCACGAUCCUGGAUCUAGUCAAAACCCCAGGAUCUAGAAGAGCUCUGCAGGCCUCCUUCGGAGGAAUGAUCUUCCAGCAGUUAUCGGGAAUUAACGCGGUUAUCUUUUACACCGCCAUUAUCUUCCAAGCUGCUGGAAGCUCCUUGAAGCCGGACAUCGCCGCCAUUGUCGUCGCUUUGGUCCAGAUGGUCAUGUCUGCGGUGGCAGCCUUAAUUGUUGAUAAGGCUGGAAGGAAGCCAUUGUUGAUGUUCUCUUCAUCGGUUAUGGCUUGCAGUCUUUUCGCUCUGGGACUUUAUUUCAAGCUUCAGAGGGAUGGAACGGAUGUCAGCAACCUGGGAUGGCUUCCGCUUUCCUCGUUGACGUUGUUCAUGAUUGCCUUCUCUGUUGGGAUGGGUCCCAUACCCUGGAUGCUCGCUGGCGAGCUCUUCACCGUGGAGACGAAAGCCGUUGCUUCGGGGGUUGCUGUGAUGCUGAACUGGUUCCUGGUGUUCCUGGUGACGAAGGCUUUUCCUACCAUGCAGGAAACCCUGGGAGAAGCUGUGACUUUCUGGAUUUUUGCCGGUUUCAUGGUCGCUGCCACUGCAUUUGCAUAUUUCAUCGUCCCGGAGACCAAAGGACGAACUUUGCAGGCGAUCCAGGACAAGCUGAAUCGCACUCGUGGCAACAGACCUGCUUGAAAUAUCUUCUUUUUUUUUUAAACAUCAAGUGUAUGGACUGAGCAAUAUUAAUAAUUUAAUAUUAAACCUUUCCUUGGCGGAAGCGAUGAGCAAAGUCGAGUAAAAUUUGUCUUUUAACGCGGAAAGUGAGACUCGAGGUUGUGCUCUAGAUCCCGUAAAAAUUGCAAAAAAAAUAAUCAAGUCGUAUUUCCAAGAUCAAGACUCAUCUUUUUGAAAGACUUUACUCAUCUCUUGGCGACGAAGAGCCGGAAGUGGAAAUUUCGCCCAUUGUUCGCCAGACUCUGAAUUUCGAAGCUGAAUUUUCGCGUUCAUCUGAAACCGAGGGAAAUAUUAAAAUGAACAAUUGAACUUAUGAACUUCGGAGACCGUCGGAAUUUUGACGUUUAGCUUAAUUUUUAUACGUCAUGGGUUGUGCGAGUUUGACUAAAAAGUGUACCCUCCUUUGUAUGAAAUUGUUUACAUGUAAAUUACGACAACCAGGGGUCUUCGAAAUUGUUUGUCCUGGCAUUAUCUACUGAUAAGACAACAUAUUCAUCGAGCCAUUACAGGGAUUACACGUCGGCCUUUGGUUGAUCCGUGCUUAUCUUAAGAAUACUUCAACCUGGCGACAAACAUUGUAUGCCCUGAAAUUACUGCACUAAUUUCAUAGAGAAAGAUAUCUUGUAUCCAAAAAACCCAUGAGUGAUCUCUUAACAUUAAUGAUAUUCCCCGGAUAUUAAUUGUAGAUAUAUUUGCGCAGGUCGUACGAAGCAUUAUUACCUGGGGAUAAUUAGCGGCGGCUUAUCAGGACGUUCGGAUAAUUUUCCACUCCACAAAGAUUAAUGCACGGCUUCUGAUUUUCAGGAGAUAAAUCCUGCAAAUCGAGAACGUCGAACAAAUAAGGAAGCGAUUUCUCCUGAUAGCUUUCAGGAUUCCUAAUCACCUGUGGGAAACCCGAAUUUGUAAUUAACGUUACAAUUAAGAGGUCCAAUUAUCGCAGGUAAAUUUUCCUCCCCCCCUGAAAGAAGAGACACAGUAAACCUCGGAUUUAAUUGAUUAA